AAACACAGUAGUUGACAUAAUUAAGGGGCAUUAAACCCUUUCUCUCUUUCAAUAAUAUUUUCAAUCUCUCACAAUGAAAACUCUCUUGUUCUUCACCAUCAUCUCUUGUCUAUAUUUUAAGAUCCUAUUAGUGUUAUUAUUCUCAGCAAGUACUACUACUGCUACUCAACCCUAUUACAAAGCAAUUUUCAACUUUGGUGACUCCCUCAGCGACACCGGAAAUUCGCUUCUUUCUAGCACUACCACCGAUGUCCCAACCGUCGGAAAACUCCCUUAUGGGAUGACCUUUUUCCGUCACCCAACCGGUCGUUUUUCUGAUGGACGCCUAAUCGUUGAUUUCAUAGCUGAGGCAUUUGAGUUUCCUUAUUUGAGACCUUACCUGGAAAUUGCCGAUACCCAAAAUGAUUUUCUCCGGGGAGUAAAUUUUGCUGUUGGUGGAGCUACUGCACUGAGUUUGGCUUCAAAUUUUUGGACAAACAAUUCGUUAAGUGUUCAGCUAGGCUGGUUCAAGAAAUUCAAGGCCUCUUUUUGUACCAAAAUUGAAGAUUGUGAAAACUUUAUGAAAAGAUCACUUUUUUUAAUGGGAGAGAUUGGUGGAAACGAUUAUAACUUUCCAUUCUUUUCUGGUGGGACAAUCCCACAAGUUAGAGAAUUAGUCCCACUUGUUGUUGAAGCAAUAACAAACGUCACCAUUGCAUUGAUUGAAGAAGGAGCGGUGGAUUUGGUGGUACCGGGAAAUUUGCCAAUUGGGUGCUCAGUUGUGUAUCUAACUUUGUUCGAAAGCUCAAACAAAACAGAUUAUGAUGAAAUUGGGUGUUUGAAGGCUUUGAAUGAGUUCUCAAAGUUGCAUAACAGACACCUCAAACGAGCUUUACAAACGCUGAGGUUGAAAUAUCCACACACCAACAUAAUCUAUGGUGAUUACUAUCAUGCAACAAUGCGAAUCAUUAAUGCCCCACUACACUACGGAUUUGAUAAGAAAAGUUUAUUUAGAGCGUGUUGUGGUGGAGGUGGAUCUUAUAACUAUAAUCUUUCAGUGACAUGUGGAGAAGAUGGUUCAACAGUAUGUGAAGAUCCAUCUUUAUAUGUUAGUUGGGAUGGAGUUCAUUUGACAGAAGCAGCUUAUCAGGUUAUGGCCGAGAGCUUGAUCGAUAGUCUUAGUCUCACAACAACAUCUCUUGUCACAAUAUGAUCACCCUUCAAGAAUGGACAUGAUGCAUGUAAUUUUAUUUAAUUAAUUAUGUGUAAAACUAAAAAAAUUAUCACUUUUUAAGUAAUUUAUGUAGUUAAACUUGAUGGCCUCGUUUAAAAAUGUGUUACAUAUUGUAACGUCACAAUUUCUCUAAUAAAGCUUAGCGUCUUGAUCAGUGAUCAAAAGGACAGUGAUUUAUUUAAUAAUGUAUUAUGUGAUUAUAUGAA